AUGCUGAAAUCACAUUUUAAUCUACAGGCUAAAGAUGAAGCAGUAGAUGAGAUAAAUAAAGAUCAAACAUUUGAUGAACAGACAAUCGCAGAAUCACUGCAUUUAGAGCAACUUGGUGAAGCACUAGUUGAAGAAGAGCAUAAUAUACAAAUCCUACCCACGUAUCUAGUAAGAAAGCUAAACAGAUCAGAAAUUAGCGUACGUCUUAGUUUUUUAGGCAAAACUGCCGAAGGAGAUGGCUACACAUAUUUAAAGGCAACAUGUACUGGUAUGAGUUUAACUGACGUAGCAGCCCUUAAAGCUUUUCGGCAUUUACAAUUUGUUGACGUUUCCAACAAUAAUUUGACUCUGGAGAGCUUACAAGUGAUCACAGAACUACCUUUCCUAGUCCACAUUCACGCCGAUAAAAACAUCUUAAGCUCAGCGGCGUUGAAUAAAAUGAAAUAUAUGCAAGUGAUCAUUAUGAAUUAUAACAAAAUAACGUCAGUACACGACGUUUAUCAACCGGAAUUGUGCACUUUGGAAGUUGGCUUUAACAAAAUCGACAAAAUCCACUUCGACAAUAAUAUGCCUCACAUCAAAUGCUUAGAUUUCCGCUACAAUCUGAUCCAAGAUAUAUCUAAUGUUGACUUUCCUAACUUAGACAGUUUAUAUUUAGCCGGAAAUAAGAUAACGAGUUUAGUAGGAAUAGAGGGCCUUGUUAAUUUAAGAGUAUUACAUGUAAGAAAUAAUCCUAUAAAACUCUUGAAUGGGUUCGAUCCUGGACUAAAGAAACUCAAUUACUUAAAUUUGCGAAACUGUAAAGUAUCUACUUUAAAACAAGUAAAGAAGCUACGGGUACUUCCCGCACUAGAAACUCUUAUAAUGAAAGGAUGUCCAUACAUGGGUGGUACGGGUGAAGAGGAUGCAGAAGCUGGUGUCGAAGAAGAAGAUGCUGAACUAAGGAUUGAAGUCCUAGCUGCUUUACCUCGACUUAAGAGACUUAACAAAGGAGUUGUUUCUCCUGAAGAAAGAUCUGAAGCCAAUGAACUUAUUAAACAAUGGAUAGAAGAAGGAGAAAAUGACGAAGAAGAGAUUGAAGAAGAACAUCAAGCUGAAGAAUCUAAUGCUGAC